AUUAAACUGCUCCUUCUUUUCUCGUUUGUUGACUAUUAUUCUCUAUAAAUACACGGCCAUGGAUAAUAUUAGCAAUAUUAAUGAUAAUGAUAAAGUAACCCAAUUUGUCAAGUGCCUCUCCACUGCAAAUAAUGGCAAUUAUAGCCCAAUCCCGCGGGACCAAAUCUCUCAUAUUGUGUAUCGGCCGGACGAUGCCCAAUUCAAGCCGGUUUUGGAGGAGUACGUGAGGAAUCUCCGGUACAACACCACCGCCACGCCGAAGCCGGCCGUCAUCGUGACGGUCUUGACGGAGUACCAGGUCCCUGCGGUGGUCCUGUGCGCCGUCAAGUCCGGCCUCGAGCUCAGAACCCGGAGCGGAGGCCACGACUACGAGGGGCUUUCGUACGUCUCCCGGGCUCAGUUCGUGAUCCUGGACAUGUUUAAUCUCCGGGAUAUCGCGGUGGAUAUCGGGACGGAGUCGGCUUGGGUCCAGGCCGGCGCGACUCUCGGCGAGCUCUACUACCGGAUCUACGAGAAGAGCGGGACCCACGGGUUCCCGGCAGGGGUUUGCCGCACCGUCGGCGUCGGCGGCCAUAUCAGCGGCGCCGGAUACGGGAACAUGCUCCGGCACUACGGGCUGAGCGUGGACCACGUGGUGGACGCGCGUAUCGUCGACGUCAACGGGAGGAUUCUGGACAGGGCCGCCAUGGGGGAGGAUCUCUUCUGGGCGAUCCGCGGCGGCGGCGGCGCCAGUUUCGGAGUCGUCUUAGCGUUCAAAAUCCAACUCGUCCGGGUGCCGGAGAAAGUAACGUACUUCCGGGUCGAGAAGAUCGGGCCCGGAAACUCGACCGCCGUCGUCACGGAGUUCCAGGACGCCGUCACAACCAUGGACAGCCGGCUUUUCGUCCGCCUCCUUCUCCAGCCCAACACGCAGAAGAGUUCAAAGACCGUGAAAGUCACCGCCAUCGGUUUAUUCCUCGGCGGCAAGGCGGAUCUGGAGAAAAUCACCGGCAAGAAAUUCCCGUCUCUGCAACUGAAACCCGCCGAUUUCAUCGAGAUGACCUGGAUCCAAUCCGUUCUUCAAUGGGACAAUCACGAUUACAACGCCACAAAACCCGAGUUCCUCCUGAGCAGAGAAUCCGAUCCCCUGAAGUUCGGGAAGAGGAAAUCCGACUACGUGAGCAAUCCCAUCCCCAAAUCCGGACUCGAUGGCCUGUGGACCAAACUGGCCGCCGGAAAAGUGGGGCUGGUGUUCAACUCCUACGGCGGCGACGGGUAUUUCACCAAAAUCCCAAACACCGGGACGCCGUUCCCCCACCGCGCCGGAAUCCUAUUCAAGAUCCAAUACUCCUUGUCGUGGGCGGAGAAAGACGACGGGAGUUCGACCCAGUUGCUGGACCAAGCCAAGGAUCUCCACGCUUACAUGACCCCGUUCGUGACCCAGAACCCGAGGCAGGCGUACCUGAACUACCGGGAUCUGGACAUCGGCGUCACCGACAACGGGCUCGACCGGUACAACAAGGCCAAGGUGUACGGGGAGAUGUACUUCAACGAGAACUUCGACCGAUUGGUGAAGGUGAAGAAGGCGGCCGACCCACUGAACUUUUUCAAGAAUGAACAGAGCAUCCCGCCGGGGAAAUGAGGCCUGCAAACAGCCGACGGAGUUCUAGAAUUUAUCCGCUCUUUGUAUUUAUUUAUAUUUCGGAACCCUCACUUUACAUUUAUUACACAAUUGCACUCCUUCCAUUGUUGUUACGAAUCAUAGUACUCCCUACACGUCUAGUCAACAUGUAUUUUUAUUCAAUCAAAUCCAAACAUUUGG